CUGAGCCGGAGGUGCCGCCGGCCGCGGUCGCCAUGGGCUGCGGCGGAGGGGCCUGAGCCUGCCCGGCGGCGCCUCCUCACACCGCCCUCGGCUCCCCCCCCGCCCUUUCCAUGGCGGAGCCGGCUGCUGAGGGGCGCGAUGAGCGGCUGCUGCUCCUGGCGGAGCCGGCGCCUCAGGGAGGGCCUCCCUGGGGGGGCCCGCCAGGGGGGAAAGCCGCUCCCGGCGGGGCCGUGAGGCUGUGUGGGGAGCUGGGGCUCCAGGAGGAGGAGGAGGAGGAGGAGGACUCGGGUGAGGAGGACUCGGGGCCCGAGGGGGAUGGAGAGGACGAGCCUCUCCUGCGGGCGUCGGGCGCAGGCCGCGGCCGCCGAGCGGGUGCCGCCUGGGAGAAGGAGCCCCGCGCCGCCGCAGGGCAUACAGGACAUGCUGCUGAUAUGAAUAUAUUUUUAGAUGAUCCAGAAUUUGCAGAAAUUAUUCUGAGAGCAGAACAAGCUAUAGAGUGUGGAGUUUUUCCAGAAAGAAUCUCUCAAGGAUCCAGCGGGAGUUACUUUGCCAAGGAUCCAAAAGGGAAAAUUAUUGGAGUGUUCAAACCAAAAUCUGAAGAGCCUUAUGGACAUCUAAAUCCCAAAUGGACCAAAUAUUUUCACAAAGUUUGUUGUCCUUGCUGCUUUGGCAGAGGCUGCCUUGUUCCAAAUCAGGGAUACCUCUCUGAAGCUGGUGCCUAUCUUGUGGAUGACAAGCUGGGGCUAGGAGUUGUACCCAAAACUAAGGUUGUCUGGCUUGUCAGCGAGACCUUUAAUUACAGUGCAAUAGAUCGUGCAAAGUCAAGAGGAAAGAAAUAUGCUUUAGAGAAAGUGCCAAAAGUUGCUAAAAAAUUUAAUCGAAUUGGACUACCUCCUAAGGUUGGCUCCUUCCAGCUGUUUGUUGAAGGAUACAAGGAAGCUGAGUACUGGCUCAGGAAGUUUGAAACUGAUCCUUUACCUGAGAACACGAGGAAAGAGUUUCAGUCACAGUUUGAAAGAUUGGUUAUCUUGGAUUAUGUCAUCAGAAAUACAGACAGAGGUAACGAUAACUGGCUAGUCAGGUACGAAAAACAAGAUGAUGGACUUGAUCUGUCAGAUAAGGAUAGCCAAUGGACUAUAACUAAAGAAUCUACUAUUAAAAUUGCUGCAAUUGACAAUGGUUUAGCAUUUCCUUUUAAGCAUCCUGAUGAGUGGAGGGCAUAUCCCUUCCACUGGGCUUGGCUGUCUCAAGCGAAAGUUCCUUUCUCUCAGGAGACCAGAGACUUAGUUCUUCCUCGCAUUUCUGAUAUGAACUUCGUACAGGAUCUUUGUGAAGAUCUUUAUGAACUAUUUAAGACUGACAAAGGAUUUGACAAGGCUACUUUUGAAAACCAAAUGUCUGUUAUGAGGGGGCAGAUACUAAACCUUACUCAGGCAUUGAAGGAUGAAAAAAGUCCCCUCCAGCUGGUGCAGAUGCCGCGGGUGAUCGUGGAGCGAAGCAGCACUGGAAGCCAGGGCCGGAUCGUUCACCUGAGUAAUGCCUUCACACAGACCUUCCACAGCAGGAAGCCUUUCUUUUCCUCCUGGUAGCAACAACAACAACAAAAAAAAACCAAACACGUGGGAAGAGUAAACUUCUCAACUUUCAAAAGCUACUUCUGUGUAAAGGCUCCGCAAUAAUGUCCUUCUGCUGUACGCCAAGAGCUCUGACUGCCGACACCUCAGAACUUAAAUCCUAAAGACUUAAGAAAUGUAUUUUGAAUGUAAUAAGUUUACAAUUUUUUUUUCUUAAAAUUGUGAAUUCUUAUGUCAGGGAAUGAGAAGAACUUGUCCAUAUUGUAUUUUUCUAGGCUAAAUUAAUGUAUUCUGAAUAAGGGAAGAUACACAGUUUGCAUACGCUGAGAAACUACUUUUGAAUACAAGAGGAAUUCUUUUUCUUUAAUAUAAAUAUGAGAAGCUCUACACUAGCCAUUUCUUUUUAUAUGGGCUUUAAAGAAGAAGCAAAAAGUGCAGAGAAUGUUCUCUUUUGAUUGUGAAAAUGCUUUUCCUUGGAAUUUCUUCCUCAUAUUUUAAGCUGUUUAUAGAUUUUUUUUCAUAGGCUACUUACUUGAAAAGUCAUGCACUAAGAAAAAAAUACAAAAACAACUUUCCUUCACAGACAAGUGAAAGAAAAGAAGGGAAAAAACCUACUCUAAGUAGGUUGUUUGGGUUUUUUUUUGCAGAGGGACCAAAAAUAGUUAAAUUGCAGCAAAAUUCAACCUGAGCAAGUACACACAGUUCCUACUGUGACAAAAUAAACUGGGUGUACAGUUCUGGGGGUUGAAAUUUCACCUGUAGCUUUUAAAAAAAGUGCUGUAUUUAAGCCCAGGUAGGAAGAAGGGUGGUCUUUCUUUUACAGAGCCAUUGCAAGAUGGAAUUGCACCACGUUGUCUUGGGUUUGUGUCCCUGGGUGGUCACCAGGGUGGUUGUGCUCCAUUGGUGACAGGAGCACCUGUGUGUUUGUCACAAAGCCAGCCUGCCUUCUGAAUAUCUAUCUGUUAUUUUUUGACUGGGAAAAAAAAAUAAUUAAAAAAAUACUGUAAUAGGUAGAGCACAGAGACUUCUUAUCGUGCCCUCACCCGGUUGCCAUUUGCGUUUUUCUGAUUAAUUUAUGUGGUCUAAGACUUCAAUGGUUGUUUCUAGAUCUGUGGCUUUAAGUAACACGGUAAAUAUUGAGGGGUUUUUUUUGUUAAUUUUCUGGACAUUUAAGACUGGGAAUGGGAGGAGAAAUUGCUGCUUUUACGAAACUUUCAGUAUUUCAGACGUUGCUGUAUUUUGUAAUUCUAAGCAAUACUGUUGAACUCAAAAAGAAAAAUAAAAAAAAAUAAAAUGCUUGUAUUUUAUAUAAUUUUGGGUGGAUGUAAAUAUUAAUGUAGUAUGUCUGCAAUCCACGUGAGCAAUUAAAACGUUUAAGCCUUAAA